AUGGCUGCGGCAUCUGCGAAUAGCGCAGCGCCUUCCAAUCGCACCCUGGACGACAAGCUUGUGGCCAUCAUCUACAAGCACCUGCUGCCAGCCAUUUCCAUAGCCAAGCCGAACCCCUUCUUAAGCAGCGUAGCGUGGAAUGUGCUGAAGCAGCUUACAGUCUUCCAGCGAUACAUGAUCUAUAGCUGUUGGGAGACGAGGUAUAGUCAGUUCAUGCUCAAGUACAGCUACGAAGAAGCGAAGUUUGAAGCCAAGAAGAUCCUGAAGCGGGUCGUUUCCAGCGACAAGACAAGUGAGCGAGAUCGAGAAGAUCCCAAUGCCUACAGGCCUCACCCAGUGUUCUGCCAACUCUGCCAGACAAACCCAAUCCCCAUCGUGGAGGUGAUGUUGAAGGACAUUGAGAUCGGCUUCAACGUCAACAUGAUCCAGCCGUACGUGGACCUGACGUCCCGCUGCUCCGAGAUGAUGACGGACGUCGUUGGCUACGUCCUGUCGCGGAACUGCGAACGUCCCGCUACGGAGACGAAGGUGUUCUUCUCCCCGGCUGACGGACUUAUUUCACCCUGGCUCAGCAACUUUUCGGACUUCAUCGGUCGCUUCUACAAGAGACACCCGCACACCAACUUGGUUGCAAUGCUUCUCGUGCUUGCGAAGCGCAUGACGCAUGACGUGCCCGAGUCCACAGGAAGACACUCUGCAAAGAAGUUCAAGGGUGAGUCUCUCAUCCGAGUAGUCCUCGAGAAGCUCAUGGAGCACAUGGGUGGCCUCAUCGUCGUGAAGGAUUUCACCAUGGAGCAGAUCACCUGCUUGGCCGGAGGGCCUCGGCUUCGGCUUGAGUCCGUCUCGAUUGGUUCACGCCCAGAUCCUCAGCGGAAGGAAAAAACGAAGAAAGCGCUGCUGGACACGCUUGUAGAGCUCGGUUUGGCACCGGCCCUGUGGGACUGUCUCAGUCGCCAGCGGCUUUACUUCAUGUCUGAAGGCUUUUCAGAGGUCCACAGUGAUGAAGGGUCGCUGAAGAUCCUUUGCAAGCUCCUCGACGGGAACAUGGAAUGCUUCCUGAGCCUCGUGGACUUCUUGUCUCAGGCAUCUGCGCGAGAAAAAUACGUGAAGCUGAUGCCGAGCGUGCAGCAGCUCUUCGGCGUUCUCGAACCCAACGCAGCCUACGCGGCCCUCCGGCCUGGGUUGCCCCCCUUCGCCCGCGGCAAGAAGAAAACCGAAGAGGGCGGAAAGACCACGAUGGUGGCAACCGCGGAGGAGACAGAUCUGCAGAAGCUGCUGAUGGAUAUAGCGUUCAAGUGCUUGCCAAAGCCGAUUGAGGAGGAUGGGCUCUCCAUGGACUUUUACGUGACUUUCUGGCGCCUGUCCUUGCAGGACAUCUUUGUUCCCACCGAGGGCUACGAGAAAGUGCUGACCAGGAUGUCGCAAGGUCAGAAGACCUUGGAGGAGUCAAAAGCCAAGCUCGAUCGGAAGUACAACGUUGACACACACAGCCGUGAGUACAAGGCUGUGCAACGGAAUCUCGCUCGGCAGAAGGAAGCCUACGACAAGGUCAAGGAGGAGCAGCUGAAGCAGAAGCUGAACUUCGAGCAGGUCCUGGCACGGCUGGAGCAGGAGAAGUCCUUCUGGUUUCUGAAGCACUGCCCAGAAGCUACUCAGACAAUGGUUGCCGAGAUGAUCCUUCCUCGAGCACUGACUUCGUAUGCAGAUGCUCUCUUCUGCUGCAAGUUUGCGCGGCUUCUCAUUCGGAUGAAGACUCCGGGGUGUCUUGGCCGUCUUUGGUACACAUGCAGCAGAUGCUUUAACGACCCAAUUCUAGCGUGCGCGCAAAGGAGCGUGCUUCGAGAAGCCAGUUGA